CUACUGUAAAGUAUAAUUCCUGUUUCUAAGUUUUCGUUUUAUUUAUUAGUGUUAAUAAAAAUAACACAUUUUUAUAAUAAUAUAAUGUUUCUCUGAAUAAAAUAAUAUCGUUCAUGUGCUACUUGAUCAGAUAUCAUAAUUGAAAAGAACCUAUAAGAAUGGAGGCGAACGGUGUUGUUCUUAGUAGUAAUUUAAUAAAAUGGUUACAAACUCUUAAUCUCGUAGCAAAACAUGGAAAUCCUGCAGAACUAUCUGAUGGUGUAGCAAUAGCUGAAGCUCUAAGCCAGAUUGCACCAGAAUUCUUUACUGCUUCAUGGAAUUCGAAAAUUAAAACGGAUGUGGGACAAAACUGGAGACUCAAAGUUAGUAACAUAAAGAAAAUAUUAGAAGGAGUUGUAGAUUAUCAUCAAGAUGUUCUUAAUUUAAGUCUCCAAGAGUUUUCACGGCCAGAUGUUGUAAAUAUUGCUGAACAUGCCGACCCAGAGGAUUUAGGGAGACUUCUACAACUUGUGCUUAGUUGUGCAGUCAACUGUAACAAGAAAGAAGAGUAUAUCACGCGAAUUAUGGAACUAGAACUGUCAUGUCAGCGAUCUAUAAUGCAAGCAAUACAGGAGUUGGAAAAUAUUACUUUGGGACAAAUUCGAGCGAGUCUGCCUGCCGAUGGGCCCACGACGGAUCACACGGAUGUUUAUAUGAAAGAGGUUCUUGCUCAGAGAUGUCAUGAACUUGAUGCACAAGUAAAAGCCCUUCAAGAAGAAAAUAUGACGCUAUUAAGUGAAAUGAACAGGCUCACGGCAGCCCGGGAGGCUGACAACGAGAGCAAAGACGAUCUGGAUGAUGCCGGUGCAUCCUUAGGACCAGCACACGCUGGUACAUUACGAUACAGCAAUAUGCGUAAACAACUGGAUGCUUUGAAGGAUGAGCUGGAUAAGGUGGAGUUACAGAGAGAUGAUCAGAGAGCGAGAGCAGAUGUUCUUGAACGAGAAGGCGCGCUUUUGAAAUUGAAGAAUGAAGAGCUACAGAUAGCGGCAAUUGACAACGUCGCGCUAAAAGACGAAGUUGAUGCGCUAAGGGAAACAGCCGCAAAGGCGGCUGCUUUAGAAGCCACUGUGGCCUCUUAUAAGAAGAGGAUGGAGGAACAUGUGGACUUGCGGAGACGGGUAAAACUACUUGAGGUAGCAAACACGGAGCACGUGCACCGGGCAAUAGAGUAUGAGCAAGCGGCAAAUCGCGCCAACGCUAUUCGGGGACAAUUAGACAUUUAUAAGAAACAGGUAAUAGAUUUAAAUGAGAAGUUAGAUGCUGAAGUAACCAAAGCUGACCGAUUGGAGAUAGAAAACAAGAAACUUAGCAGUCACGUGGCGUCGCUCCAACGGGAGAAAGAUACAUUACUACAAGAUCGAGACAAACUUAAGGAGACGGUCGAAGAGUUGCGCUUUUCAACUAUUACAUCAGAUGAAAUUGCCAACUCUGGAGCGAAUGAAGAAAAUGUAUCGCAGGAGUUAAUGCCAAACGAUGUUAAAGAAAGAUUAAUAAGGCUGGAACAUGAAAAUAAGUUAUUAAAGCAGAACCAAGGCGCACAGGCUGAACAGGCUUCAGUACAAACUCUUCUAGAAGAUUAUGCAGCUCGUUUGGAGAAGCAGCGAGCCAUGAAUCGCGAGGCGAAUCAACGGAUAAUGCAGUUGGAAGCGGCCAUAGAGGCGCCCCAUCCGAGACUAGCUUCAGCCAUUGAAGAUAAUCAAAGGAAAUCACUCGUUACAGCGCUGCAAUUAGAAGAGCUGCAAGCGGCUUUAGCUGAAGAACGGCGUCGAGCAGGCAAACUACAAGAAGCCGUAGCAGCACGUGAAGCUGAAUUGCUAGCGACGGAAGACAAGUACAAGAAGUGUGUCGAAAAGGCCAAGGAAGUCGUACGAACGCUUAACCCGAGGACCACGGGUCAACAACCCUUGUCAGAUGCAACUUUGGGAUAUUCACGAGCGAUCACUAGUGCAAGUGGCGCCUGUACGACCGUUGCUCGACCUGAAGCCACGCCCCCUAAUGCGCAGAGACAUGAGUGGAGCGGGACAGAAGAGAGCCGUGUGUCAGUGAACGAGCAACGGCUAAUGGCGUCCGCUUGGUACGAGCUUGGCGCGCGUUGCCAUCGCGAUGCAGUCGAAAGUAAGUUCGCGUUAUUAUCGGCAGGACACUCGUUCCUUGCGAGACAAAGACGUCAACCCCCCAGGCCAAGGCAUUCCCCCGCUGCGCCUGCGCAUUAACCUACAUUAAUAGUGUUCCAAGAUCACUCAAAGAUUACGCACAGCUUGCUAUAUUGGUAGAUUUAAAGGAGUCAUAAAAGUGAGAUUAUUGGAUUUUAAUCUGUUCGAGUAAUAAAUAUCUCAAUCCUGUGAAUAAGCAACUAAAUAAUUGUUUAGUUUCUAUAUUUCUUAAAUUUCUUGCAUAUGUUUAACUGUAUUUUAUGUUUUAUGUUUCUAUAUAUUCGUAUGAUAUAUUCUAGAAUGUCAAUGAAACUUGAAUCUAGUUUCAAGAGCUGUAAAACUUUUUUUUUUGUAUGAAGUUUGUCAUUUUUGACAACUAAAGACGAGCAAAUGGACCUUUAACAUACCAAUAUAGCAAUUGCAUUGUGUUGUAAGCUUUACUUAGGAAAUUCGAAGGGUUUUAAAAAAAUACUUUUUUUUAUCUAGACAAUAGUAUAAGUUGUAUUAUAAAAUACGUUUAAUAACUGUUGUUUUUAGAUCCUAAUUUUCUAUUAAAAACGAAAUGUUAUUUAGAAUCCACUCUUUUAAAAUAUUGUAAUAGUAGAACUACCGUAACAUUUAUUAAUGUCGACAUUAAAUGAAUGAAUUUAUAUGACCUUUAUAACGCAAAAUAUAAAUAUUUUUUUAUGUAAUGUAGUAUUAUAUAAACUCAGUGUAAAACGUGAUAGUAACUUAGGAACAUUUGAUUAUAUAUUAAGUUAUCAGUUAUGCCGUAACUUAUUACUAUCCUCGCGUAGUAUUUUCAAUUCUUCAUUCAGGGUUUUUAAUGUUUGUGUCUAAAUCGACUUGCCAAUAAAGCAAUAUUAGUAAUUUUUAAAUUAUCAACUAAUGAUUACGCUCACAUUAUUUUAGUUAAAUAGAAAAUUAUACUAAUAAAGUGUUCGUUAGGAUAGGAGAUGCAUUGUCAAUUCAAUAGUUGCUGGUAAAUUAUGAUUUUGAUCGCUUCCAGUGCUAAAAGUUUCGUUCGAAGAAACUAACUCAUACGUUCUAGAUAAAACAUGCAUCUGAAGAUGAUUAUGGUAAUUGUGGAAUAUUUGUAGACGAUCAACUUAGUUUACAAGAAAACAUUAAGCCUUAUACUUUUAUAGUGUUUAGAACAAUAUUGAGCAAUUUUUUUAUAUUAUAUUUUUUUCGCUACUGAAAACAGCCAUUUUAGAUAACAAUGAAGAAGUUUGUACCUUUGUGAUCACAUCCACCUAUAUCAGAAUUAUAGUGUAAAAAGUAAUGUAAGUGUACCUCAUUCGAAAUUAUCCCAUCUGUACUAUAUAAGCAUCAUUUAAUGAUAUAUUUGUUUGUAUCGACUUGUAUUGGAUUAUUGUUUAUAAAUAUUAUGUUUAUCUUUACAUUUAUAUGAUUUUGAUUCAAAUAUUUUAUCAACGGUUUUAAUAAAUUU